AUGGAUGACACUCCUAUUGAGUUCAAGAAACUGAAAACCAUGGCUGAGUUAAUGGUGGGAGGAGCUCUUCUCUCUGGUUUCAUCAAUGUCCUCUUUGAUAGGAUUGCUUCCAAAGACGUCCUUUGCUUUUUUGGAGGGGACAAACUCAAUCAGAAGCUGCUCAAAAAGUUGAAGACUGUGUUGCUUUCGGCUAAUGCGCUGUUGAAUGAUGCCGAGGAGAAACAACUUGGAGACAACAACGUGAGGAAUUGGCUUGACGAGUUAAAGGAAGUACUUUAUGAAGCAGAUCACGUCAUGGACAAGAUCAGCACUGAAGCUCUGCGACUGAAUGUGGAGAAGGAUGAACUCGAAAGCACAGCAGCAAGUAAGCCACCCUUGAGCUUUGUCUUUAAUAAUCCAUUUGACAUAAAUGCUGUGAAAUCUGAAAUAGAAGAAAUUCUUGAUAGCCUAAAGGAUCUUUUAGAACAGACAGAAUAUCUUGGUUUGAAAAGGGUUGACCCAAAAACAUCUAUACAUAGAUCAGAUGCUCCUUUGUUAGAUGAUUCACAAGUUUAUGGAAGAGAUGUAGCCCAAACAUCUCAGUUAUUCCUAUAG